CGCGCGCACUAAAGUAUCCCCUUGUGCCUUAGUACCAGUCCACACCCCCGAUGAAAACGAUGGGAUUAUCGAUCGUGUUGCUAUCCAACUUUUCGCUGACAGUUAACCGUAGAGACAGAUUUUUGGGGAAGCAAAGCACGCGUUGUUACAGGAUGAGACGAUACUGAAGAAUCCUGUCUGUGUGUUAAUCCGUCUGUGAUCUGUGAUAAGAGAAACUUGCAAUAAAUCCACGACGAUUUCCCUCCCUAGCUCGUCUCGCGAUGCAAAAUCCGAAUAUCGAUAUACAAGAGGGGAGAAGGCUUCGUAGCGUGCGGAGAAGACUGUUUGAAGAUGAUGGCGACGAGGAGACGCCACGAAGUUCUGCAGUCGAAGAUAAUGCGAAUUACAUUCUCGAGGAAGCUAGGAAAAAUCGAGAAAAUGCUAAACAAAGGUGGAACUUUGACUUUGAAAAUGAAGAACCACUACCCGGUCGUUACGAAUGGGUGAGAUUAGACGAACAUGGAAAUGAAGUCUGUAAUCCGCUGGAGAGAGAUGAAGUAGAAAAUUUGCAGGAAGACAAUGACGAUACGAUGGAAGAUCAUGCAGAUGGAACCGGAAAAUAAACGUUAUGAAACUGACUGAAUUGCAGCCAGUAAAAUUGAGAUAGAAAUUCAUUGGCAUAUACAAAUAAUGGAUACAAAGUAUAUUGACUCGACUUCUAGUCAGAGUAGACACGCUCUAGUGUCUACAGAGCUAGUAAACCAAAGUUGAUCUUUUUAUUUAAAAUAAUUGAAAAUCCUUCAUUCGUAAUGAUAUUUGUUGUUGUAUAAU